AACAAUAGAGAGCACUGUUUGCUCUGGUUACCAUGUCGUAUGUCUCUCACGAAGGGGACGAGUCAAAUGUCACCAGCCGUGGUGGCAUACCCUAUAAUCAACUCUGAAAUUGCACAUUUACGCUUUCUUAACCAGUUUCGGACUUUCGUCUUCAUCGCUGUGUUGCGAUUUGAAGUAUGUGGGCAGUGAGUCGGUUUACCAACGUCUGGUUUCAUAGUCCCUUUCUUAUCCACUUUUCAAAUCUCCACUUCAGACUGAAAUGCUUCUCUUCGCUCUCUAAGGUUGAACCAUGUCUAAGUGAAGAUUGCGAUGAUUUUUUCUUGCCGUGGUUAGAGCGGAAGGCAGGGACCGAAAUUUCUUCAGUUCUUUCGAUUGGGAAGUCUGGAUAUGGCAGGUCAUUGUUCGCAUCGAAGUCCAUACGAGCUGGAGAUUGCAUAUUAAAGGUUCCUUUCAGCGUGCAGAUAACACCAGAUAAAGUUCUUCCCGAAAUUAGCUGUUUAUUAGGAGAUGAUGUUGGAUAUAAUGCACGGCUUGCUAUUCUUAUUUUAGUCGAGAAUAAAUUGGGUCAGGACUCCAGAUGGGCCCCCUAUAUAAGCCGUCUUCCUCGGCCCGGGGAGCUUCAUUGCACGAUAUUCUGGAGUAAAGAUGAGCUGGACAUGGUACGAAAAAGUGCAAUAUAUCAUGAAACUGUCAAUCAACAAGCCCAAGUUGAAAAGGAAUUUUUGGCAAUUAGACCAGUUCUUGAUAAUUUCCCUCAUAUUUUUGAAGAUGUUACACUGAAGGAUUUCAUGCAUGCAUAUGCAUUAGUUGGAUCCCGUGCAUGGGGAAGUUCAAAGGGUUUAUCUCUGAUUCCAUUUGCAGAUUUCCUAAAUCAUGAUGAGUUUUCAGAGGCAGUGUUGUUAAGUGACAAACAUAAAAAAACCUCCGAGGUUAUUGCUGAAAGGGAUUAUGCUACUGGUGAAGAGGUUUUAAUAAGGUAUGGAAAAUUCCCAAACACCACACUCCUGCAGGACUUUGGAUUUACGCUUCCAUACAACAUUCAUGAUCAGGUUCAAAUUUGGGUUGGUGUACCUCAACAUGAUCCUCUACGUAUGAUGAAAUUGGACCUUUUACACAAACAUUGUGCCCCAACAACAGUCAGAACCACUGACGGUUUUGAUUCUUGCAAGACUAAUUUUACAAUCAAGGAAGUAAGAUCUGCUAGUAGAAAAGGGAAGGGGAUUCCACAGCCACUUCGUGCAUUUGCCCGUAUUUUGUCCAGCACUUCUAUUGAAGAACUGGAGGAUUUGGUUUCGGAAGCUGCACAAAAUGAUGGCCGGCUGGCUCGACGUCCUCUACAGAACAACAGUAAGGAGAUCCAAGCCCAUCAGUUCCUGCUAUCGCAAAUUUCACAAUUGAUUCAGGAAUAUGAAGUGUCUAUCAAGUUACUGAAUCCUGACAAGACUACCUCAGUUGGACAGCUUGCUAUCCGAGCACAAAUGGCUCGAGAUCUCCUUGCUGGGGAACGUCGUGUCCUAAAGUCAGCAUCUGCUUGGCUAAAGAACUACUGUGCAACCUUAUCUACUGCGAAGGAUCAUUCCUGAGAACAUGAUAAUGCCAUCGGUGAUUUUGAAAAUUAACCAAAGAGUGAGCAGCCAAGAAGAACGUGGCAAGAAAUGUGUCUUCUGGAAAUUCGAGUUGUGGAUAAAUACCGCGGCUGUGAACCAUGCAUUAUAUUUAGCAAAUCUGCCCUCGAAUCAUAUGGAAAUUGGUGUGCAUGUCAAACUGUAGCCAGCAGGGAUGGCCCCAAAGUAAGUACGCAUGCAAAUGGUCUCACACCCACAGCCUACGGUGUACCAAGACAUCCACCUGAAACUAGUAAGGGGAACGAGAUGGCGAGGAAACUUCACUUCUGUACAAUUAGAAACUGUGAGCAGGCUGAUUUAGUCUCAGGAUAUAAAAGUACAGGGCAUCAAGGACACUGUAACCUUUCUUGAGAAAUGUGUAAGAUUGCAAGUGAUUUUUUUUCUAACCUGUAUAAAUAAAAACAACCAAGCUCUUGCUAUUUUAGGGUUUGGGAGGGGUAAAUGUACGUAGUCUUACCUCUUGUUUCACCGGAGAAAUUGUUACCAAGUUUCUAACUUGUGAUCAA